AUGGCUGCACCACAGAAGGCGUCAAAGACGUACACGCUCGAGGAGGUCGCACAGCAUAAUAAAGAAGGCGACUUAUGGAUAGUCAUUGACGCGCAAGUCUAUGACAUAUCCAGGUUCGCUGCCAUGCAUCCCGGAGGUCAAGCCGUGCUACAAGUCUCUUCUGUCGCUGGCAAAGAUGCAACAGAAGCCUUCUUUGGCCUUCACCGACACGAAGUACUCCUCCGCCCUCAAUACGCGCGCCUCGUGAUCGGCACCAUCCGCGACGACAAGCCAACGAUCCAAGCCCGAGCAGCCGGCGGCGUGAGCGGCGUCCCCUACGCGGAGCCGACCUGGCUAGCCGCCGGCUUCAAGAGCCCGUACUACACCGACUCGCACCGGCGCUUCCACAAGGCGCUUCGCACGUUCAUAGACGAAGUCGUCGCGCCCGAUGCGGUCAAAUGCGAGGAGAACGGGAAACGGAUCAGUCAAGACGUCGUCGAGAAGCUCUGCGGGAACGGGAUCCUCGCCAUGCGUAUCGGCCCCGGUCCGCAUUUGAGGGGGAUGAAGCUUAUGGGCGGCGUUAUCACGCCUGAGGAGUUUGACUGCUUCCAUGAGCUUAUCAUCAAUCAGGAGCUCGCACGCACCAGUACGCGCGGCUACGUCGACGGUGUACUGGCGGGUGGCGUGAUUGGCUUGCCGCCUGUGCUCAACUAUGGUUCCAAGGAGAUACAGGCGAAGGUCGUGCCGGAUGUAUUGGCGGGGAGGAAGUUCAUCGCUCUUGCUAUCAGCGAGGCGUUCGCGGGAAGCGAUGUCGCUGGGUUGCAGACGACAGCAACACGGGAGGGCGACGAGUGGGUCAUCGAGGGCACAAAAAAGUGGAUCACGAACGGCACCUUCGCGGACUUCUUCACCGUUGGCUGCCGCACUCCGGAAGGUUACAUCGCUGUUCUCGUCCCGCGCGGCGAAGGCCUCGAGACCAAGGCAAUCAAGACGAGCUACUCCAGUACCGCCGGUACCGCAUACGUCACCUUCGACAAGGUGCGCGUACCAGUGGCGAACACGCUGGGCAAGGUCGGGCAAGGACUCCAGAUCAUCCUUUCGAACUUCAACCAUGAGCGAUGGAUGAUCAUGAGCAUGUCGCUCAGCACGCAGCGACGUAUCGUCGAGGAGUGUCUACUGUGGGCGAAUCAGCGCAGAGUCUUCGGCAAGCCGUUGAGCUCACAGGCCGUUGUACGCGCUCGUAUCGCACAAAUGGUCGCCCGCGUCGAGGGUGCGCAAGCAUGGCUCGAAUCUCUAACCUUCCAAAUGAACAACAUGUCCUACGCCCAAAUGUCCGAGCACCUCGCCGGCCCAAUCGCCCUCCUCAAACAACACAUCACCUCCACCGGCCGCGCAACGGCACAGGACGCAGUACAGGUCUUCGGUGGACGCGGUAUCACGCAGAGCGGGAUGGGCAAGCUCGUGGAGAACUAUCAUCGGACGAGUCCGUUCGAUGCGAUUCUUGGUGGCGCGGAGGAUGUUAUGGGCGAUUUGGGUGUUAGGCAGGCGCUUAAGAAGAUGCCGAAGAAUGCAAGGUUGUAG